AUGUCGGAUCUCGGCGGCGGCGGCGGUGGGAGUACCGGCCGAGCAAGCAAUGGCGGCGCAAGGACCGGAGGCCCCGUGCCCGUCUCAGGAGGCACUCCGUCGGCCAUCAGAACACCGCGUGAUGUCAUGAGGGAUCGCAAUGCCCGAGAGGCACGACGACAGGAGGCGCAGCGGGAAGAGGAGCAGAGGCGCUUUGUCGAGGAGAGGAGGAGGAGUGCGGAACGGAGGGCCGCAGCAGCUGUACCCGGUGCCGCGCCGCGCUUCAGUCAGGCUUCAUCUCAGUACAGUCCGGACGUCUCUGCGCCGCAAGGUCAAUUUGAUGGGCCCAGCGAGAAGAGGCAGAGUCGCGUCGCGGGCGAGGUCGCCGGCAGUAGCGUUCUGGGCGAUCCUACGGGUAGAGCUUCGCAGGAGCCCACACCCCGAGCGCGAGGUCCGAGCAUGUCUCAGUCCGAUCAGCCACGACCCGUGCCGACCUCUGCUGGCGCGACACGACGAACGCCGACCAGUCAGUCGCAGUCGCAGCCGCGACAACCCCAAUCCGCAGCCGCGAGUGGUGCACCGCCCGGAGGACUACCGCCCUCGGCAUCGGCCACGAUGCCCGGAGGCGAUGGGUCGCAACGGAAUACACAGUCCUCAUUCCCGCACGCGUUCGAGAGAUGGGAGACGUUGUCGUCGCACUGGGAAGGUCUCACGUCGUACUGGCUGCACAAGCUCGAGCAGAACACGGAAGAGAUCAAGGAUAUCGUGCCCAAUGCCUCGACGCUCAACCGACAGAUUACGGAUCUCUCCGCGGCAGGCGCCAAUCUCUUCCACGCGGUCGUCGAGCUGCAGCGACUCCGAGCCAGCAGCGAACGCAAGUUCCAGAGAUGGUUCUUCGAGACCCGCGCGGACAACGAGCGCAAUCGCGAGGUCCAGGCGAGUCUCGAGAGGCAGAUCAAGGUCGAGAGGCAGGCGAGAGAAGAGACGGCCCGCUCCACCACGGACAACUCCAUCGCCAUCGAGAGUGCGAAGAGAGAGGUCGCCGAGAUGCGGCGAGAGUUGAUGAUCGCCAAAGACGAGGCCCGCAGGGCGUGGGAAGAAUUGGGACGGAGGAAUCAGGAAUCACUGGACACGGCUCAGAGCCUGAAGGAGGGCAGAGUGACGCUGGUCAGUGGUGUCCAGGUCGUGCCGUACUUCGGUGCUCCUGCGAGUCGGAGUGGCACCGCGAGUCAAGGCCAGCAGCGUCCGCAGACACGGGAUGGCCCAGGCUAUGGCAGCACGGGUCUUGCAUCACACGCCGCAGCUUCUGGCGUGCAGAGUCCCGGUGACGCGCGACAGUACCCACGAGAAGGCCCAUCGCCCACGAACACGGACCCGUUCACAGACAGUGGACGCCAACAGCCUCCGCUCCAUCACGAAGGGGGCGCGCAAUCAUUGGCAACGGGAACGUAUCAGCCCUUCCCCGAGGUUCCUGCAGCAUCCCAUUCCUCCGCGAUUUCCGCUGUUCCCCCCGAAAGCGCUGGCUACCCGCAUGGGACGUCGACCGCAGGCGGCCAGCAACGAGAAGCAGGCCAACCUUCGACUGCCGAAGCCCAGCGCUUCUAUCAGCACGGCGGCCAGGCGGCUUCCCCCCUGCACUCGGGAAGUUCUUCCCAAGGCGCCGCCCAGGGUACCGCGGCGCAUCCGCAUCCCGUUCCGAGGGAAGACAUGCGCUCGGAAGCGCGAUCCGAGGCGAGUUACGUCGAUACCCUCAGCGAGGGCGACACGGAAUACGCCAUCGAUGCCCGAGGCAACAUCCGACAUGACGACCUCGGUCAGCCAAUCGUCUUCCGUCGCAGAGGCCCCGCACGCUCUUCCGAGUCUGAGGACGACUACGAUACGGAAGAGGCUGUGCGUCGCGAACGCGAACUGGCUUCGAGGUAUGGCAGUAGCCUGAUGCCCGAAGCACCAUCUGUUCCGCAUACCAGUGCGCAGGCCAUUGCCAGUGUGACCGCCGCUGCGGGUGGGGGUGAGCAACCGAAUUAUGAAGGCGAGGGAUAUGACAAUUAUCAGCAGUACGUCCCGAGACAUCACCAUCCGACACGCCUCAGCGAUGUCUUGGAAGAGGAUGAAGACAGGAGCUCUAGGAGGACUGGACCUGAUUGA